AUGCAGGAGGAUCAAGGCACCAAGCGUUACCAUAAAGUUAAUAAUAGCUAUCCUCUUCUGCCCAUUGUUCGUAUUGAAGCUGUAAUUCAGGGUCAUGAAUUGAUGCCUGAACAAGUGGCAUCUGUCAUUACUUUGCCUGGUUGUCGAGAAAUCUGGGAUGAAAGGCUGGGCUGUGUUGAAAUCAGAGCAACGUAUCAUGUCCAAGAAUAUCUCUUUUGGCGCAGAUGUUUAGCCAAUUUCCCUCAUGGCAGGGCAAAAUAUUAUCCUCGUGACAUGGCUAGCAUCGCAUUGCGCGAGGUCUCCAAUACAGAAUUAUUUGUUGUCAUGACAUCCGUGGUAGAUGGUGCUAUUCCAAACGAAAUUCACAAUGUGCACGCCCAUCUGGACCUGUCUGGAUGGCGAAUUAUACGAAUGAAAACAGGAAUUUGCAUCGUAUACAUUACACAAAUCGACUUGAAUGGACAUCUACCAAAGACAUGGCUCGACUACACAGCUGGCUAG